CCCGGGCGCGUGCCCGGACCUGCCCAACGGGGGAGCGUUCCAUCCCCCCCCCGCCCGCGCGCUCCUCCCGCUACGUCACUCGAGGAAGACGAAGGAAGCCGCCAUGUCGGACGCGGCAGAUUCGCCAUAACCUUUUCGCCGCCGCGGCCUGCACGCCGCCGUUUUAAUAAUAAUAACAGCUUAAUAAUGCGCGCCCGCGUAUAGAUACGUAUUUAUUUAUUUUAAACAAAAUAUUAGCGCCCCUCGAAUUUGAGCGCAGGGUAUGGCGGCGGCGGCUCUUUUCCUGAGGGGACGAAAGUGCUAGUUCUUCCUCUCUUUUUUAAUUCUACGGUUUUUAUUACCACCCCUCGCCCUCCUCAUAUCCGGCCAUGGAAGCUCCGUCGGCAGGUCGCCCAACCACUGCCACAGUGUCCUUUCUCUUGGCAGAUCAAGAUGAGCAGGAAACAGAUCCAUCUUUAUGUGCAAGCUCUGUAACUUAUUUUCCCCGAACCAGUCACAACUGCUGUCUCAUGUCUCCGAGAAGCAUUCCGAAGAAGGGAUUAAGGUGGAUGACAUCGUUAUUCCUCUCAGACCUCUUACGACGCCGGCAAAUCUAAAUAAAAACGGAGAAGAACUUCUCGUAGUGAAGAGGAAAAGAGGCAGGCCGAAAGGAUCGACCAAGAAAUUUUAUGCUGAUGAAGAACUGGCAGAAAGCAGCAACUGCGCUCCAAGCGAGGGUGCUCCAGUGGGACCCGAGGAAGGAGGGGAGUUGGCGGAAGUUCCGCCAGGCAACCUGGAAUGCCGGAAGUGCAACCGGAAAUUCUCCAAUUCCCGGCAGCUACGGAAGCAUAUCUGCAUUAUCGUCAAACCCGAAGAUUUGGAGGAGGAAGGUGAUGCAGGUAAUGAUUCUGACGUUGACCUUGACAGGAGGGAAGAUGAGCGAGAACGAACACCGAAGAGGCAACGGCUUCAGAGAACCGAGAAAAGCCUUUCAGCAAAGGACGCAGACCAGCUCUCGGGAGCUAAGAAUCCUAUUAUAAGUGUAGUUCUGACAGCCCACGAAGCAAUUCCAGGAGCUACAAUAAUAGUUCCAGUCGAGGCUGCUGCUACUCCUGAAACGGAACAGCCAGCAAACCCAGAGACAGUACCGCCAGACUCCUCUCAGCGAAGGGGCUACCAGGAAUAUGCUAUUCAGCAAACCCCUUAUGAGCAACCGAUGAAAUCAAGCAGGUUGGGCGCAACCCAGCUGAAGAUCUUCACCUGCGAAUACUGCAACAAGGUGUUCAAGUUCAAGCACUCCCUCCAGGCCCACCUGAGGAUCCACACCAAUGAGAAGCCUUACAAGUGCUCGUUCUGCAGCUACGCCAGCGCCAUCAAGGCCAACCUGAACGUCCACCUGCGGAAGCACACAGGGGAGAAGUUCGGCUGCGACUACUGCCCCUUCACCUGCCUGAGCAAAGGCCACCUCAAGGUGCACGUGGAGAGAGUCCACAAGAAGAUCAAGCAGCACUGCCGCUUCUGCAAGAAGAAGUACUCGGACGUCAAGAACCUGAUCAAGCAUAUCAAGGAAGCGCACGACUUGCAAGACAAGAAAGUGAAGGACGUCUUUGACGAGCUCCGGCUGAUGACCCGCGAAGGGAAGAGGCAGCUGCUGUACGACUGCCACAUCUGCGAGCGCAAGUUCAAGAACGAGCUGGACCGCGACAGGCACAUGGUGGUCCACGGGGACGAGAGGCCCUUCGCCUGCGAGCUGUGCGGCCAUGGAGCCACCAAGUACCAAGCGCUCGAGCUUCACGUCCGAAAGCACCCGUUCGUCUACGUCUGCAGCGAGUGUUCGAAGAAGUUCGUCAGCUCCAUCAGGCUCCGCUCGCACAUCAAGGAAGCGCAUCGGGACUUGCAGGAGGCUUCCGUUUUUAACAGCUCCAUCAACCAGAGCUUUUGCCUCCUGGAACCAGGAGGGGACAUUCAGCAAGAAGCCCUUGGGGAAGAGUUGUCGCAGACCGCGGCUGAGCUCUCGCUUUUAAACUCGAAGGAGCUGUGUAUACCGAAGAAGUCGGGUGAGUCAAAUGCAGCGGAGGGAAGCCAGGAUGAGGACCCUGGUGGCAGUUUGGAAACUUUCCCUGCUCCUCCUGUAGAAUCUGAUAGCUCUCCAGUUGCAAGCGGAACAGAUUCACAGUGCCAGCCUGCGGCAGAAUUAGCCUCGCCAGAUGCGCGCCCAAUUAGCGCUUCGGAUGACCUUCUACAGAAAAGUGCUCCUUCGGCUUUGGAUGAAGCGAAGACCCUCCCUGGAAAGGAUUUGUCUCCUGACCGUUCAUUAAAUUUGAAAGACGAAGUAAUGCAGAUUUCUGGAGAUGGGAGCCCCAGUAUAAACCAGAACGAGCAAGUUCUGCAGUGUGCUCCUGUCCCUGAAGAAAAGGGCCAAACCCUCAGUCUAGGCGCUCAGGAAGCUGACAAGUCAGCUGCUGAAAAGGCAGACUCCCCCACGCCAAUGUCCCAUCCGGAAUCGAACACCGCCGUCAGCGAGAAUUCAGAUUCUUGCACGUUGCCUUCAGAGAAUCGGACCGGAGCUGCGGCCUUUAUGCAGAUCUUGGAUAGUUUGCAAAAACGGCAGAUGAACACCGCCUUGUGCGAGAAGAUCAGGAAAGUCUACGGAGACUGGGAGUGUGAAUACUGUGGCAAGUUGUUUUGGUACCAGGUGCAUUACGACAUGCACGUCCGCACUCACACGCGAGAGCACCUCUACUACUGCUCUCAGUGCAGCUACUCAUCCAUCACCAAAAACUGCCUUAAACGACACGUCAUCCAGAAGCACAGUAACAUCUUGCUGAAAUGUCCCACAGAAGACUGUGAUUAUUCCACCCCAGAUAAAUACAAACUCCAAGCCCAUCUGAAAGUGCACACGGAGUUGGACAAAAAGAGUUAUUCCUGCCCUGUGUGCGAGAAAUCUUUUACCGAAGACCGACUUAUAAAAUCGCACAUAAAGACAAACCACCCAGAGGUUUCCAUGAACACCAUCUCCGAGAUUGUUGGCAGGAGAGUUCAGCUAAAAGGGCUGAUAGGAAAGCGAGCCGUGAAAUGCCCCUAUUGCAAUUUUUACUUCAUGAAGAAUGGAUCAGACCUUCAGCGUCACAUCUGGGCCCAUCAAGGCAUCAAGCCAUUCAAAUGCUCCCUGUGCGAAUAUGCCACUCGCAGCAAGAGCAACCUGAAAGCUCACAUGAACCGCCACAGCACUGAGAAGACCCACCUGUGCGAUAUGUGCGGGAAGAAGUUCAAAUCCAAAGGCACCCUGAAGAGCCACAAGCUCCUCCACACCGCCGAUGGGAAACAGUUCAAGUGCACAGUGUGCGAUUAUACUGCCGCACAAAAGCCACAGCUGCUGAGGCACAUGGAGCAGCAUGCUUCGUUCAAGCCUUUCCGGUGUGCACACUGCCAUUAUUCCUGCAACAUAUCUGGUUCUCUGAAGAGACAUUACAACAGGAAGCAUCCCAACGAAGAGUAUGUUAAUGCUGGCUCUGGAGAGCUUGCCGCCGAAGCCCUUCUCCAGCAAGGUGGUAUUAAGUGUCCAGUUUGCAACUUUGUGUAUGGUACAAAGUGGGAAUUCAACCGACACCUCAAGAACAAACAUAGACUCAGAUUGGUCGAGUAUGAUGGGGAGACAAAGUGGGAGACCAAAGCAGAAAUUCCUGAAGAAACGCAGUAUCUCCAUAUCACGGAAGCUGAAGAUAUGCAAGGAACUCAGGCCGCAGUUGCUGCACUACAGGACCUGCGAUAUACCUCGGAGAAUGGGGGACGACUUGACCCCACGGCUGUGAACAUCCUGCAACAGAUCAUAGAGCUGGGCUCGGAGCCCCACGACGCAGCUGCCGUCGCUUCUGUCGUUGCCAUGGCCCCAGGAACUGUUACUGUCGUGAAACAGGUGACAGAAGAGGAGCAGUCAGCCAACCACACGGUGAUGAUUCAGGAAACAUUGCAGCAAGCGUCCGUCGAGCUGGGCGAGCAGCACCAUUUGGUCGUCUCCUCCGAUGAGGUGGAAGGGAUCGGGACAGUGACAGUCUACACCCAGGGGGGAGAGGCCUCUGAACUUAUUGUGUAUGUGCAAGACAUGCAGUCUGUGGAGGAGCAGGUGGAGGAGCAGGAGCAGCCUGGACAGAAAAUCUAGAUCAAAUUCCCAAGGGAGACCAGCCUUCUGGUACCGCCAAACUGCUACAUGCUUUGUUUUCCAAUCUAUAUUUAAUGUUGGGCAAGAACAGAACCUCCCGCAGCUGCUACUCUAUCAUAUGUUUAGUCUUUGGCAGAUGGCGCACGUGGUUGUUGACUGGACUGGUGGCUUCUUCUUUUUGCCAGGAAACGUUUUGGUACGUACUGAGCCAUGCGCAGCUUCCUUUCACAUGGCGCUACUCCCCUGCUCGUAAGGAACGCCUGAAGUCGCAGCAAGCAGAUCCAUGCAGAUGGAUGGUUCAUGACCACUACCUUCUGGGAUAAAAGAUACUUUUCCUAGAGCAAGAGGUGAACCAAAAAAAAAAGCAAGAGGAGUCAGUGGCAGUGGACAGCACUUGAUAAACGCUAAAAUGUGUGCGUGUUAUGCACUUUAAGAAGACUGUAGAUGGAAAAGACAAUUUUAGCAACCGCCCGGAAAGUUCAGAUUUUAAGACUUGCCAAGCAACAGGCCCCGCAGCGAAGCUAUUCAGAAGAACAGGCUCCAUUGGGUUGGGUUCACUCAACGUGCAGAAAAUGUGGUGGUGUGAAUCAGAGCCAGCUGUUCUUCAGUGCUGCUUUCUAAACGGUUUUUCUAAAUAGUGUUCAGCAUUUUAACCUCCCCAAAGACAGCUUUCCUUCCUUUUGUCACUGUGAAUUGUUGAAGACCCGAGAUCAUUACCCGAAGAAAUGUGUUCUCUUUUAUCUUGUAUCUUUUAAUCUUUUAAACCGGGACUCUGUGCCAGUGAGCAUGCCACGUUUUUAUUUGGAUGGGAUCUAAUCUGGCACGCGAGUGAAAAGAUCCCACCUCUAAGAGUCUUUCAGAUGCACAGUCCCUGCCGAAAUGCAAGUGUUUUAUGGUUGUGACAUAUUUUGGACACGUAUAUUGGAGAUAUAUAGUGGAUUUCUUCCUUUUUUUCCUAUCUGUGAAGCAUUAUUUUCUUGUCUCUCCCUUUCCUUUUUUGCAAGCAAUAGCAAUAACUUCAGAAAUAUAUAUUUUAAAAAAUCAAAGCUUGGGCACAGUUUUUUAGAUUAACACACCUGCUACAGGGUUAUGUCUCAUAUAAUAUACAAUGGAUGCCAUGUUGAAGCACUGAGAAGUAAUACCAAGCCAAAAAAUCUGUGGAAGCCACGGUGAUAGAAUGAUAUUUCGGGAUCCUAUUUCUCCCAGCCUGGCAAACGCUGAGCAUUUUUUCCAAAACAAAAAGCACUAACUCUGCAUCCUUGAACUGCAUUGAAUCGCUCUUCUGUAUUCAUUAGACACAGGUGAUCUAUGGAAGUCUUAUUCUUUUUCUGUCUCCUUAAAUAAUAAAAUAGAUAUCCACUAUGAGGAAACACCCAAAGUAGAGAUGCAAGCAUCUCUUGCUGUAAGUAAGGGCUCAAACACUCUGCUCUUGGUGGAGAAAAGGGCAUGCAAUUUGGAGAAAGACUCUAUUUCAGGGGAAACCAAUGAGGUGCCCUCUGGAUGUUUCCAAACUACAACUCCCAUCAUCCCUCGGCAUAGCCUCCUCUGUCCAGAGCUAAUGGAGUCUUAACAACUUCUAGAUGACACCAUGUUGGCUACGCCAGCUUAUCCACGUGUUUUUUUUCCCCCAGUAGGCUUUGGGGAGUGGAUCUAAUUUGGCCCUAUGUGUUCUGAUCUCAUGUCCCGUGUUCAGGUUGUGAUUUGAACUACACGGCAGUGCAUUCACCAGAGAACUUAACCACUGGGCUCCACAAACAAUGUCACAUCUCAUUGGGUAUCUCACAGCUGACAUGCGAGAGUGACAAUUCCUUGGGCUGUGUCAGGAAGUGGGCAGAAGAGGAAUGGUGGAAACUGCCUCCCCAGCCUGACCCUUCCAGGGAAGAAGACAGUUCAGAAUUACAACAGGGAUUUGAGGGAGGUCACAACUCAGAGGCAGAUGAGGGGGAAAGCUGGGAAAUAAUGGGAGAGGAGGAGGAAGAAGAAGCACCAGGGAGGCGACAUCCGACGGACACAGUGUCUUUAGAAAGCAUUCCAGACCCACCAUCUCCCAGAACCUGGUGAGCAUUGAAAGUAGGAGAGCAAUGAGCUCAAAGGCAAAGGGCAUGUUGCAGCACCCGCAGUGAUGACUCUUGAGGAAGUGAGACAGACAGAGUGGGUGGAGACUCACUCGGGACAACGCCAUUUUUCCAAGAGGUUGCAUUCCAAAGCCUCUCUCUGUGAAUAUUGAAUAAAAAGCAGGUGGUAAGGACUUUUCCUUGUCUUAUCCAUUCCUGGCAACCUGCCGUGGGGGUGGGGUCCUCUACCGCCUGACAGGUUGUGGGGUAGAGUGCAGGAACGGGCUGACUAUACAGCAGCUAUACAGCUCCUGCCUUUUUUCACCAGUGCAUCCUUUGUAUUGUCAUUCACACAAACUGUAUUUUGGGGUGGCAUCUGGUAUGUGAGACCGAACUCUUUCUCUCUUUUUUUGUAAUCUCAAACCCCCGUUCCUCAAAUAAAUAUCAGACAAGGUGAAAAUGUAAAACCCCCGUCACUGUUUUACAGGAUCACAUUUAUGUAUAUUCAGUGCGGUGUCCUAAACUGCAUGUGGGGAAGAAACUAGCUUCAGUCGAACCUACACAUUUCUGCUGUAAGUCCAUCUGCUGCAGCUGCCUAUGGCUCCAAACUUGGUUUUAGUCACAUCCCGAAAAGUAACGAUGGUUUAAAUGUCAUGGCAAUGGAUGCACACAAAACGGACAACAAGAAGUAAAUAAGGAUGAAAUGGAUAUGGAAGAAGAGAUGAUGUAGCAACAGGAGGAAGAGAUGGACAUAUGCUUGUAACAGGAGUGGGAAACCUGAUUUUUAUUUUUUUAAAAGAAAUUGUAUUAAAUUAAAUUUGGAUGGAUUUACAAUAAUUUGGAAAAACCAAUAAAUAAUAGAAAAGACAAUGGAUGCACACCAAACAGAGAAAUGACCUUUUAAAAUCAGCUAUCCUAUCUGCAAUAGGAUGCUUGAUAUGAAGAUUCGUAAUUGGACAGCCUGAGAUGUAAAAGAUCUCCCCCUGUUCCUGCACUUUUAUGUUUUGAAAUUCUGUAUGUACACACAAAUUAUUCAGGGUGUAAAUGGCUAUGUGAUUCAUGAAUCAGAUACACAAACACUUCUAGGUUAAAAUGGGAAAUUGCCUUCUGAACGCACUGAAAUUCUACCCUUCACUAAAAGCCUGAUAUGUGAUCUCUAAGGAAUUGUUCUUGUUAAUAUGUACAAAAACAGUCAUGUUUGCGAGUGUAAUGCUCAGAUGGCUUGAAUGGCUGUAAAUAAGGGAAUCUGAACUAAGAGAUUUGUCAUUCUUAAUCCUUGUGACCAAAUUCAUCUCAGAGUUAAGCAUGGUUUCAAGUGACUGAAGCAUGUCUAACAGAUUGUGGUUCAUGACUUCAUCAUGUGCAUCUCAUUUAUUUUGGGGAGGGAUAAUCUUUUUUUAUCUGCACUUCAAAAAAAAAAAUUAAUAACGCAAGUCUGUCGUGUUCUGUUCAGUGGGUUUAAAAUUAGACAAAUUCAGCAAGUGUUCUCCCUGCCCUUAAAAGCAAAAUAAUAAUAAUAAUUACCCAACCCAAUAAAUCAUUUUUUUUUUCAAGUCUUGAGUUGGCUGAAGGGUGUUUCUUUGCAAUUAGGCAGACCUGUGAAAACCUUAAUGUCAGAAGCAUCUCUCCUUCAGGAACCAGCCCACUUGGAGCUUAAUAGGAUCAGUAUCUCUUUGGAGUCAAGAAUUUCAAGCUUUGGAAAUGUGGAUUGGCACAUAGACAGGUCUGGUGUGGCGACCCAGUGCAUAGUAAAAGGGUUGCUAUUGCCUUGGAAAUGGGCAUAAAUUGGCCAUCCAGUUGGGCCAACUUAGCGCUAGUCAAUUGCUUUAACCCUAAUCAUAUGCUGACCAAAAUUCCAUAUGGCACAAAGCCUGAAGGAAACACAAACAUUUUAGAAGACUUUCUGUGCUAGCUAAUUAUCUGGCUUUUCCAUCGCACUUGUUGUUUGACCAUUCAGAAAUAAAGAAUACACUGUGUUGGGGUUUCAGUGUGAUUUGGGGGAGAUUCUUUUGAUGAUAAGGUUGGUAGCUGUAUUUCUCACUGUUCCAAAUGCCAAUUAGCUGAUGGAAGCCAGGUUGAACUGAAGGCAAUAUUUGCAAGUAAGGUAAAAUGCUUGCCCAUUCAUUAAUUGGCGGUAAAUGGGGAUUGUUCAUUAUCAUCUAGACGCGACGCAAAGAAAACCAGGGCUAAUGCAGCAAAUGAAUUUGUAUUGUGGUUUCCAAUUAAACUUCAUUGUUCGUUUGCAGAGAUUACUCUUUGCCGUAAUCUGGAAAAGGAAGAGUAACAGCUGCAAAAUGUGUUUCUCUCUUUUU